GGACAGAUCUGCUAACGUUAAAAGGGGCGUGAAGUUUGCUGCUAGCAGCUAGCUCCUGUGUGAUCAUCUGGCAUCUGGGCCAUUCUUGGCGGAAUCCUGCAGAGACGAAAAACGAAACUGUAGAGCGUGUUAUAUUUACAGCAGACAGCGGUUUACUUCGCUUGUGUGAGCCGCAGUAGCUACCAGGCUGUUGGACAGGAACAUUUAGUGAAAUGGUGGCCCGGUCUGUCUCUGGACAUGGCAUUGUGGCUAUUGGCGUUAAUGCUAACUUAGCUAGUUAGCCUAUCGGGCUAGGUAGCUGGGCUGAAUCAACUAGCUAGCAAUAAGUGUAACAACACUAGCGUACAUGAGCUAGCUUCACUGUGUUAGGUAGAAGAUAGAUUCGCUCUAUGAUAACCACUUGGAUGCAGCGACGUUAGAUUAACGUCACCUGCGUUAAACCUGAAGCGAACACUCAUUUUGCACUCAAAGUAAGCAGCUGCUCGGUUUAGCCAAUGGUCGCUGAUUUACCGCGCUAACGUGCAGUGGUAGUUCAGUAAGUUAGCGUUUCAGUCGUCACCUACAGCUGCCUUGCGCCAGCAGACUAACGGGUCGAUAGCGAUCAGUUACUGAGCAUUGUGCGGUCUGUAGCCAUGGUAUGCUAACAGUCUGUCAGGAAAGUUGGAGACUGGUCAUAACGUUUCAGGUAACGUUAGCGCAGGUCAGAUGUGGCUGAGCAUAGAGUUGUAGUAUGAGUAAUUAUAGAGAUAACGUUGUCGUGGCUAAUAGGCAGCAUUAAGUUGCUUCAGCACCGGAGUUAAUUAAACAGACGACAGGGCCUUGCAGUUUGCCGUAGGAUAACUACAUUGCGUUAGCUAGUUUGUCCCUCGUUAGCCCAGUAGCCUCACUUAUGAUGUGUCUUCUAAACAUGUAAAGUUAGCCAAGUUUGAGUAGCAACAAUGUAACCUCAUACUGGCCUAUUUAGCCAUUUUUUAAGUUUAUGAAUUGGUGAUUGGCAUCGUAAGAUAGCAAAAAUGAACAAUUCGGCAGUGUUGCCACAAGAAAAGAUGGAGCUGGAUCUGGAAAUCCCAUCUUCAUUAGUUCAGAGCGAUGGACACUUAAGAAGAUCCAACAGUGCACCAAUGAUAAACGGCUUAAGUGAUAACUCCCAAGUGUUUCAAAGAGAGGUCCUGCGUAGCCGGAGAAAUAGCACUACAGUUGUCAACAGGCCCAACAUGGUCCCCUCGUCACCUAUUCGCGUCCCCAGCACCAGGCUUCAUCAGAUAAAACAAGAAGAGGGUGUAGACGUGAUGAACAGAGAGACUGCUCACGAGCGGGAAGUACAGGCUGCCAUGCAAAUGAGCCAGUCAUGGGAAGAAAGCCUUAGUCUGAGUGACAAUGAUUUGGAGAAGUCGGCAUCGUCAUCUCCAAAACGCAUUGACUUUGUGCCGGUGUCACCUGCCCCAUCCCCAACCAGAGGGAUAGGAAAAAAGCAGUGUUUCUCACCUUCACUACAAAUCCUUGUGAGCAGCAAUGGCCUAACACCCAGCCCAGUACCCAGCCCAACGCGGCGCUUCAGCCGACGAAGUCAAAGCCCAAUCAACUGUAUCAGAGCCAGCAUACUCGGGCCAAUGAAACGCAAAGGUGAGAUGGAGACAGAGAGUCAGCCUAAGAGGCUCUUCCAGGGUACCACAACCAUGCUGUCCUCGGAUGCCUCCAACCUGUCGGAUCUCAGCUCCUGCCACUCUCCAGAUUUGCUGGAUGGCAGCCUCAGCAGCGUUGGUUCCUCCACUGACUCGCCGGGCAAAAUGGAGGGAGUGUCGCCCUCCUCAUCGAGCAACUCCCCCUUCGCUUCCCUCCAGGAUUUGUCCCCAAAGUGAGCACGGGAGAGCAAGAGACACUAUAAAGGACUGGAACCAAAAAGCCUCUCCCCAGGGAACGAGUUUCUUCCUCAGAUCCUCCACCUCGCCAUCGCUUAGAUUUGGUGUAACUGGAAUGUUUGUUUCUGAGCGGCUGUUUUCAUGGCUACAUUUUGGAGGAUCUUUAUAUGUUUGAAUUGAGGAAAUGGAUGCCAUGUCAUUUUUGUGUGUGUGUGUGUGAGUGUGUGUGAGAGAGAGAGAGAGAGAGAGAGAGAGAGAGAGGGGUAAACCUAGUGAAAUUAGGAAUGACUGAGGACACUGAGCACCAGCUGCUAUUAGAGGAUCUUGGAUGGUGCUUGGCUUUCGUAGAGAUAUUGUGUUCCUAAGUGGCUAUGCUUCAAACUUGUCCUACCAGUUCCCCUCACUGGAGAGAGAGACACUGAGCACUGGAGAAACAAAGACUAUUGGAUGUGUACAUUUCCGUUUUUGUGCUGGAAAACUUAUGUCUGCUGGCCUUUGUAUGUACGCAGUCUGCAAAUUUAGUAAGAUUUAACUUAUUGUUUUCCUGCUUUGCGUGUAAUUAUGUACAUAUUAACCAUGUUGGAUGUCGUACAUAGUUUUAAGUUUGUGAUUGGCUGUGAGAUGAAUGUGGGCACAAGUCUUCAACAGCAGAUGUUUUUCUUAAGGAGCAUAAACUACUUCUGAGGUACAACUAAGGAGAUUUCCUUCCUGUUAUACUGGCAGAGGUUGUGUUUUCAGCAGAUAUUUUUUAUGAUGCAGGCUUUGAACAGUGAAGAUUUUGGUUUGGGUUUUAAGCCCUCUUCCCCACGACUUGCUGCAAAUUAAAUUGCUUAGUAUGAGCAGUUAAAGCACCUAUCAGUUACUUGUGAAUGAAAUACGAGGGUCAUCACUGUUGGGCUUUCAACACUAAAGGUUCCUCUGUAUCCUGUGUUUUUGUCAGGAUGUUUUUGUAGAUAUGCAGAGUAUAGAAAUGAUGAAAUGAGUUUUCUUCCUUCUGGUGAAAUGUCUUAUUUAUGGGGAAAAAAGGUGUUUGAUAUAAAAAUUGGAUGGUGAUAGGUUUCUAUCCCCAGUAAAAGAGAACCAUUUGUGUUAUCAUUUACACCAAAUCAACUGACGGCUGGAGUAUGCAGCAAAAAAAUAAAUAAAAUUGCACCAUCACAUUGUGGAUAAAGAGA